AUGGCUACUCCAAAAGUACCAAUAGUUAAAGGUCAAUAUCCAAUUCCUUAUAGAGAUCUUACUGAUCAAAAGAAAAAGUUUCGUUCUCAUCCUUUGGGUCAAUCCUCUUCUUCCUCUUAUAAUUCCAUAAGUGAAAAUGAGGAUUAUGAAGAUGAUGAAUACGUUGUUGAAAAGAUUCUUUCUCAUAAAAAUAGACCAGAUGGACGUUUUCAGUAUUUCUUGAAGUGGAAAGACUAUCCGGAUUCCGAAAAUUCGUGGGAAGAUGAGGAAAAUAUUUACGCAACAGACCUUUUGGAAGCAUACUGGCGUAAUAAAUCAACCGCAAGUUCUUCAUCAUCUAAUGGUUAUAAAAGAUGUGUAACCUCUUAUCCUAAACCUUCUACUAAUGGGAAAACGAAUGGACUUCAAGUUAAAAGUCAAUUUAAAAGACGAGCAUCUUUCAACAAGAAGAAAUCGUCAUCUCUCACUAUUUUUCGUCAAUCGAAUGGAAUCUCCAAUCAUGUUACUAAUUCUUUGUCUAAACCAAUUUCAACGACUAAUGAUUAUUCUCUUGUUAAAUACAGAAAUGAAGAUUCUAUGAAAUCAAAUUCAAUUCAAAAGAAAGAUAAAAUAAUUGAAAAGGAAGUAUCACCUCAACCCAAAAUGCAAAAUAAAAAUGUUAAUGAUUCUUUGUCCACUAAUAAAAAUGAGGAUCGUGAAAUUGCACGUGACGUUUGUGAUGUAAAUGUUCGAAACUCCAUUAAGGAUGUUGAUGAUAUUUCUUCUUCUGAAAGUGAAUCCUCUUCCGAUAGCGAUGUAACACUCAAAGAUACCAUGGAAAUAGAUGAUGAAAAUGUUGAAAAUGAUGAUAAAGCACUGUUGCCACAAGAUGAUCUGGAAGAGGAUGAACAAAUUUCUAACAAAGGUUCAAAGUCGAAAUGUUCAAAAGUUAAACUUGGGCCAAGAAAACCAAUAAGUAAUAAUCGUGUUUACGAAAAGGAAAUUCUUUAUGAUGAUAAAGGAAUGAAAAGUAUUAUACGUAAUAUUGAUGAAAAUUGGGAUCCUUAUGUCAAAGAAGUUGUUGCUAUUGAACCUCAUGAUAAACUACCGAAUGUACUUUGGAUUUAUAUUUCAUGGAGAGGUGGUUUCACAUCAGUUCAUCUUAGUACGGAAGUCAAUAAAUUAUGUCCACAAAGUUGUAAUAUGCAAACUAUGGAAUAUAUUAAUGUAUUUCCUCCAGACUUAGAUGUGGAAAAAGAAGACUUUAUAGAGGAAUUUUUGCCUGAAUUUGAAUCAGAAGAAUAG